GAAGGGUUCAAGACGUUCUAACGUCCGAGCAAAUUCUGCGGCGUAUUCUGGGGAGAGUACGGUGGCUGUCGGCGGACAAAACUGCUCCACUAUGCAUUCUAAGCCAGUCAUGCCCUGCUCCGAAGCGACCCCCGUCGCCGUCUCCCCCAGCAAGCGGGCCCGGCCUGCGCUGCACGAGGAGGAGGGCCCCGUGCGCCUCCGCUUCGCCCGCCUCUCGGAGCACGCCAUGGCCCCCUCCAAGGGGUCGGCGCGGGCCGCCGGCUAUGACCUGUACAGUGCCUAUGAUUAUACAAUACCAGCCAUGGAGAAAGCCCUUGUGAAAACAGACAUUCAGAUUUCUCUCCCUCCUGGGUGUUAUGGUAGAGUUGCUCCACGUUCUGGCUUGGCUGCAAAACAUUUCAUAGAUGUGGGAGCUGGUGUCAUAGAUGAAGAUUACAGAGGAAAUGUUGGUGUUGUACUAUUUAACUUUGGCAAAGAAACAUUUGAAGUGAAAAAAGGUGACCGGAUUGCACAGCUAAUUUGUGAACGGGUUUUUUAUCCAGAACUUGAAGAAGUCCAAGGCUUAGAUGACACUGAACGUGGAGCAGGAGGUUUUGGUUCAACUGGUCAGAACUAAAAUUAUAUAAAGAGUAGAUAGAGCAGCUUUCCCCCAAAACAGUUAAUAAAAGGAAUUUCACUGA